UGAGAGAAUCCUCUGACACUGCAGCUUGUUACAGGUCUGCAUGGAUCCGCUCUCUGCACGCCUGGUGUUUUGUGUGGUGUCCUUUGCUCCGCUGAUGGCUUUGUUCGCAUCUAUUUUGCCUUGUUCUUGGUGCCAGGUGCUUGAAGGGGAGUGCUCACCAGAGCAGCCUACUUGCAUUGCUCCUUGUUUCUUGUCAGCUGUUGAGAGGGGCUCUGUUCCAGAGAAGGCAAAGAAAUUCAUGUGCAGGAACCGGUUGUCUGGGGAUUGCCAUUAUGCAUAUGAAGCUCUUGCAAAGCUUGCAGAGAACGAGGAGUGGACUUUAAAACGGUCAGAUGGCCAUCCAGGGGAAUACUUGGGCUGCUUGCGGGCUUAUCUGAACCAGCAGUUUUUGCGGCUGGUGGAGCAGGGGAAAGUCGUUCAGUGCUUCAAUGAGGAUGGAAGAGCUGUCUGGGUCUGCUUUUGCUUGGGAUUGCUGGCAGAAUCCAGUGAAGAGCUUAUCUAUGUCAUUCUGCAGAGGAACGAGUCUGACUCAAUGACGACGUCGUCAGGCCCAAGGACCCCGUGGCGUCUCAAAGAAUUUGUUUUGCUGCAGCAGUUGCAGGAUGCGAAGCAGCCAUGGAAUGCACUGGAGACCAUUUUAGACCCUCCAGAGAAGAUCUGGGACUGCUUCGAGGAGCAUAUUGCACGUUUCCCCUCAACCCUUUUAGAUGCAGGUGUCACUUCACAGACACGCAAGCAAGCAGUUAUGGGGGCCAUUCAACGAGCUUCUCGAAUCGUGCAGAAUAAUCCGUUAGCUGCUGUACCCCAGUUUGUUCGGCCCAUCCCUAAGGCGCCUGGAGUUAUACAGAUGCUUCUCCCUUUGAAACUGGAUGCUGAUUCAAAUGAUGCGCAUCUUGCACUUGUGCUGGAGACAUCAAAAUCCAGGAGGGGAGGCCGCGUUUACCGAGCAACGAAACUGAUACCCUUGGAUUGUGCAUACAUAAAUGCAAGGGUCUUGAUGCCAUUGUAUCAACCAUGGCUGACCAGCGCCCGAGUGGUGCAGAAGACAGAUCGUCCAGCCGCCCUUUCCCUUCCAAUGAACCACAACUUGAGGCCUAUUGCAGUGAAGCCUGUUGGGGUUCCAACAUUAGUCUCAGCAAUUUCUGGGCACCAAGGCUCAGGUAUAAGCCCUGGGGUAAGUCCUCGAUUCUCUUAUCAGCUGAAUUCGGGGCCUUUGUCACCAGCACCCAUCAUUCCAUCUUCUUGCAACAACGGCGCUGUGCAGCCGGCUGGGAACAAUGGGCACAGGCCAUCUUCGCCCACUGCGGGGUCUAUAAAUAGCCCAAAGCCAAUGCUAUCUCAGAUUGGAUCACAACCACUGGUCAGCAUCACUCCAAGAUCUCUAUCUGGGCGGUCGUCAAGUGGGUUGCAGUCACCAAAACCCACUCCGCUGCAGCUAGCCGCAACAAGCCAAAUGGCGUCUACGUUAAAUGGGUCUGGUCCGUUGCAGAGCAUGGGCAAUCCUCAGGCUGUGUUCAGUCAAAUCACUGGGGCAGCAACAUAUGCCGAUGGUGGGGUUAAUGGUAUCACUGCGGUUCCUGGGGUGGCAGCUUCGCCCACCUAUAUGCAACCUGUAGGCCAUCAGCAACUGACCAGUGCCCUUCAGUCAACUCAUCUUUCGCAGUCUAAUCUGCGCCGAUCACUUGCAGACAUGUAUGUUGAUAACAAGCCAGUGCGGGGCACAGGCGUCUCUUUGCCUCUGUAUGCAGAACUAGGUGGAGGUAGCAGCACACCUUCAUCUAAAGGGGGGCUAAGCUUUGAAGAUGCUUUGACACCACGGGGUGGUGGUAACAGCAGGCUUGAAGCAGGGGCUAUGUCUCCUCUGGACCAGAUGGCUGAAGUUCUCCAGCUCAAUGGACUCUCUGCUCAAUCUCCAUCACCUCUAGGUGAUCCAAAGACCCCUACAGGAGCAUCUGGCGGAUUCUCAAAUCCUUGGAGCAAUUCAGCAUCUCCGAUCGAUACUGCGUCUGGGUUAAUGGAGGACAUACAGUCGCCCUUGGCAUAUGGAUCUGGGGGUACAAGCCUGAUGAGAGAUGAGUAUCCAUCCUCCCGAAUGGGUGGACCUGCUGGAGGCUCAAAUGCAAGUGGUAUGGUCUCUGAGCCGCAAGCUCGUAUGGGUACCCUCGGACUGUAUCAACAACAGUCAGGAACUUCAUGGCCUCGCGAGUUCGGUGCAGGCGUGCAGAUUGAUCUUGGUGACCAGAGGCAGGACGAUGAUGUAUAUGUUGGAUUCACUCCACAAGAUGACCUCUGUCCCAAGAUCAACAUCUCACAGCUCCCUCCCAGGAGAUUGUUUUGUCUCGCCAGUCUGGUAGAGUCACUUCUAUUCGGCUUCAUUUUGUGGAACUCUUUGCAUGACCUCUGUCCCAAGAUCAACAUCUCACAGCUCCCUCCCAGGUUUGUGGCAGAGUUUCUGUCCGGAGAUCGGCACACAGGAGAAGCGGAUGCUGAGAGACAUGUGGAGCAGUGUUUUGGACGAUAUGGCCUUGUCGCACGAUCGCUUGUUAGGGAGAACAAAAACCAUCCUGGAAAGUGGUUUGCCAUUGUCGAGUUUGCGUAUUGGACGGAUGACAAUGUGAGGCAGCGUCUCGUAGCAGGUGAACAGAUCAGGUUCUGCCAAUUUUAUGCACAGUAGAGGUCACUUGGCUGUGCAUGGAAAAUGAGCAAUAGCGAAAUGACAGAUUCCCGAUUGCAAAAUCACAAUGAAAGCCAGAUACUCGA